AUGUGAUAAGAAAGAAAAAAAAAUGAAAGAGAAUCAGGCCCUGUACCAAGGAUUCUUCUGGCCAUGUGUGUGGAGGCGUUGAGACAAAUUCCAUGGCAGUUAGAAAGUAAACUGGCUGCCAAGAUGGACAGGAAGGAACAAACCUUGACCUUCUACACUCCUGAGGUCUUCAAAAUAAAAGGAAACCGAAAAUACCAAAGGCCUACCCUUCCUACCAACAAGCAAUCGAUGUCAUCCCAGAAGCGGCAACAGUAUGUGGAUCAGGCAUACACCUACACCCGGAUGUUCGGUGCCAGUCUCUCUGGCUUUAGCCUCCUGAUGCUGAUCUGCACGUCCCCACUGAGCUGGGUGCAGUUCCUGGUGUCCGAAAAUGGCCUUGAGCUUGACGCAGGACUGUGGACCUUAUGCAACUAUGAGCUGUGCUGGAGCAACAUACCCAAGCCACCCUAUUACCUCCAAUAUUCCAGGGCCUUCUUCAUCAUCUCUAUCCUCUGCAUGCUUACUUGCCUUGGCUUGCUCUUCAACUCCUGCCGCCCUGCAGAAGGAGUCCUGUCCUCUGAGUUGGAUCUGAAGGUGUCAAUCCUCAGCUUCUGCUCAGGUACUGACUGGCAAGCUCUCUGCUUGCUCCUCUGCCUCAACCUGUUUGUGGCCCAGGUUGAGUGGUAUACAAAGAGUGCCAUGGAGUCAGAGUUCCUGUGGGCCUAUUAUCUUAAUUGGUGCAGUGACGUCUUGUAUGGCUGUGCUGGGAUCAUCUCUUUUCUCAACUACAUAACUUUCCAACCUCAUUCUCCUGAUGAAAGUGACAGUAUGGUCCCACAGCACAAGUCCAGGCUACAAAAUCCACCAACAAAACCACCCACUACAGCUGAAAAGUCAAGUUCUAAGAUCCAGUUUCUAAGUGUGAGAGGGGGAAAACAGUCCAGUGUGAGAGCUGAGAAACAGCCCAGUGUGAGAGCUGAGAAACAGCCCAGUGUGAGAGCUGAGAAACAGCCCAGUGUCAGAGGGGAGAAACAGCCCAGUGUGAGAGGGGGGAAACAGCCCAGUGUGAGAGGGGAGAAACAGCCCAGUGUGAGAGGGGAAAAACAGCCCAGUGUGAGAGGGGAGAAACAGCCCAGUGUCAGACUGUGAUAGAAAUAGGAAAGGGGACAUCCUGCUGUCUUACAAACAGAGGUGGGCUAAGUGAGAAAUGAUUGUGCAAAUUCGAUGAAACCUUCUGAUAUCAUGUCCAUAGUAGCAUUAAAGGUAACAAAAUGUC